CGGAACUUGUGAAAAGCACAUGGGGAUGUGUAAGGUUUUACCUGCUUGUCAUAGCCCGGUGAUAAUCUGAAUAUAUAACGAUGAAAUUUGCCUACAGGUUUUCAAACUUGCUUGGUUCUGUGUACCGGCGAGGAAACUUGACCUUCACCCCAGAUGGGAACAGCGUCGUCAGUCCGGUGGGGAACAGGGUCACCGUCUUCGACCUCAGAAACAACAAGUCUGAAACCUUGCCCAUAGAAUGUCGGUUGAACAUCCAGUGCGUGGCUCUCUCUCCAGAUGGCUUUACAAUGAUCCUGGUAGACGAAGAAGGGGAGGCAACUCUAUGCAGUCUAGUCAGUCGUUCGGUGCUGGCCACAUAUCACUUCCACAAGCAUGUGUAUGACGUGAGGUUCAGCCCUGAUGGAAAAAAGUUUGCUGUGACGAGAGACAGUGUCAUCUUGGUGUUCCAUGCUCCGGGGAAGACGAGGGAGUUCAACCCCUUUGUCCACUACAGAACAUUCUUUGGUGCAUAUGAUGAUAAUGUCUGUAUCUCCUGGAGCUCCGACUCAAGAGUGCUGUGUGCUGGCUGUAAGGACAUGAACACACGGGUGUAUGGCCUGGAGAGGUUCUCCAACCUGGUGGUGUAUUCCAUGGGAGGACACACCGAUGUCAUUGUCAACGCCUUCUUUGGGAAAAACUCACUGGACAUAUACUCUUUAGGCCAAAAUGGUCGCCUUGUUGUAUGGACGUGUGACACAAAACUGGAUGACCUUGAGCCAUACAAGCCAGAAGUGACAGAUGCCGAACAGUGGGAAAGUGAAUCAGACGAACCAGGAGAAGAAAUUUGGGGGGAACAGCUGAGAAAAGCCAGGAAAAAGCAAGACACCUCAGAGGCAAGAGUAAGGAAGAAAAUCCACUACAAACAGUUGGCCAAACAUAACAUCAAAGAUCAGCAGAAGCCUGAUGGCUCCAUGACCAAACUGACGUCUGCUGCUUUCCACCCAGAUACUCACAUCCUUGUCACCGGUUUCCAAGAUGGAUCAUUCUACCUCCAUGAAAUGCCGGAGUUCAGCAUGAUACACUCUCUCAAUAUUUCUGACCAAAGUAUUGCCUCCAUAUCAAUAAACUCCAGUGGUGACUGGAUUGAGCUGGCGUGUUCUGGAUUGGGGCAGUUGCUGGUGUGGGAAUGGCAGAGUGAAACAUACGUCCUGAAACAGCAGGGCCACUUCAACAACAUGGAUUGUCUCGCUUACUCCCCAGACGGACAACACAUCGCCACAGGAGGGGAUGAUGGGAAGGUGAAAGUUUGGAACACCAGCAGCGGGUUUUGUUUCGUAACGUUCAGCGAGCACCUUGGGGGAAUCACUGACGUCACAUUCAGUCAAAAUGGCAAGGUGGUGUUGUCAGCAUCACUCGAUGGCACCGUCCGAGCCUUCGACCUCAACAGAUAUCGCAACUUCAGAACAUUCGCAUCACCACGUCCUGUACAGUUUUCCUGCCUAGCGACAGACAGCAGUGGGGAAGUAGUGUGCGGCGGUGUUGAUGUGUUUGAGAUAUUUGUGUGGUCCAUGCAGACUGGCAGGCUACUAGAGAUACUGACUGGACACGAAGGACCAAUCAGCAGCCUCAGUUUCAGCCCAGCAAGAGCCAUCUUGGCCAGUGCAUCAUGGGACAAAACUAUCAAAGUAUGGGAUGUGUUUGAGAACAAAUCAGCCAAGGAAUCCUAUGGACUGCCCACAGAUGUUCUGGCUGUUGCAUUCCGCCCUGAUGGCAAUGAGUUGGCUGUUGCCAGCCUGGAUGCCACCAUUACUCUGUGGAAUCCAGACACGGGAACCCAGGUCGGCGCCAUCGAGGGCAAGCAUGAUGUCGGGUAUUCGAGGAAGGAGAUGGACAAAAUAACAGCUAAGAAGUCAGCAGCUGGAAAGGCCUUCACAACGAUCUGCUACAGCGCCGACGGCAACUGUCUCCUGGCUGCAGGCAGGUCAAAGUUCGUCUGUAUCUACUCCGUCCCAGAUCGUCUACUGAUGAAGAAGUUUGAGAUCUCCUGCAACAUGUCCUUUGAUGGGAUGGAGGAGUUCCUAGACCGGCGUAAGAUGACCGAGUGGGGAAACAUAGCGAUGGUGGAGAGUGAGGAGGGGCAGCAGAUUGCCCUCCCGGGGGUCCGUAAGGGGGAUAUGAGUUCACGACACUUCAAACCAGAGGUCCGGGUCUCCACAGUCAGAUUCUCUCCCACAGGGCGUGCAUGGGCAGCAACAUCGACGGAAGGGCUCCUUGUCUACUCUCUUGACCACAACCUCGUGUUUGACCCCUAUGAACUGGACACAGAGAUCACACCAGCUAGUGUCAGAAGGACAUUGGCAAAGGGAGAUCACUCUGAAGCCCUUCUACUCAGUUUUCGGCUGAAUGAACAGAAUCUGAUUCAGGAAGUCAUGGAAUCCAUUCCACCCAAUGACAUUGACGUUAUCUGCCAGUCAUUACCAGACACGUAUGUUGACCGUCUGCUUGGGUAUGUAGCCAAUCAGGUAGAGGUGUCUGCUCACCUCCAGUUCUAUCUCACGUGGAUACAGCGUCUGCUUUUUAUACAUGGGCCAAAGGUCAAACAAAGGUCACAAAAGGUCAUGGCUACUCUGAGGACCCUUCAGAAAAAUGUCACACGAAAGUACGAAGAUGUUGGAAAACUAUGUGAUCACAACAAGUACCACCUUGACUUCAUCCUGGCGAUGUCACGGAACAAGCGGAAACACGUGAAGGACGAGGAGGAUGGGAACGGGGAGGAACUGAUGGAGGCGGCCGAAUCAGACUCUGACCUUGACCUCCAGGAUAUGAUGAAGGAAGAAGAUUUUAUGUCCAAUUUUGAUACAUGAAAUAAAUAUAUACAUUCACUA